AUGCAAGGUUAUUACGGCGACGAUUAUGCUUCUCCUAGUGAAUGUAUUGUUCGUGUUCGAGGAAUACUUAAACGUAUAACAAAUAUCAAUCGUACAACAUCUGUCCAUAACGUAAUUGAAGCACUGCUGUUUAAUACAUACGAAGAUGCUCUGGAACCGAGUGACUGUUGUCUGUAUAUGGAACGUGAUUCAUGUUUAUUCCCCCUAAGACAUACUGAUUACAUGCAAGAUCUAUUAUUAAGAUAUUCGACUAGAAAUCGUGCUGAAAUUCUAUUUACACUUGCAUUUAAGCGUAUUGCAUCACCGUCACGUUUAAAACAACGUUAUGCACAACGAAAAAAACUUAUGCGAUCUACAUUAUCGGCAAUUGAUAACAAUCGUAUUCCGGCAGUGACCGAACAAUUACGUACACAAGAAUCCUUGAUACGGCGGCAACAAGAAAUUAUUUCUGAAUUACAGAAAGUAGUGCUAAAUAAUGGAACAAAUUCAAAGAAUUAUUAUAAUUGUAAUACGACGAUACAAAAUGAGCGAACUAGAGAUCAUAAAGAAAAUGGUUCUCGAAAAUCACGUUACGAUGUCAUCUCACAAUCUAGAGAAAAAGAAAACGCUGGGAAACAAUGUUAUUUUCCUCAACAAAAUAAUUUACCGUCUAAAACUCGUCAUUCAUCUAGUUUACAACGUCGAACGAAAGUACGAUUCAAUGAAAAUACAGGAAUGAAAAAAAAUUUAUUUGAACAGUUAAUCGAUGAUUAUAAUUUAUUAAAAAAAUCUAAAGAACAACAACCAUUACAGACACAAUUGAAAAGUAUUUUAAAAGAAUCUUCACAAAAUCUGGUUAGCGAGAGCGAUGAUGAUAUAGAAAAAACACUAGUGAAUGGCGAUGGGGAAAUAACAUCGCACAUUGGUACUGCCAUAAUUCGUCGAACACCAAAAUCGUUAAGACGUUCCAUUAGUGUCGAACAAAACAUGUUAAACUGUGACCAAAGUAACGAUAUCUUGCAAAUGUUAAGAGAAAAAUGUGAACGUUCUCAGAAAACUCAAAGUUUAGUUUAUGAUACAGAUUCUGAUAAUUCCGAUACGGGUAUAAGUUCCUUGUCGUCGGAAGAUAAUCAUUUAGAAACUCUUGUGUGA